UCGCUCAACUCUGUGCGCUCAGUGGUUUACGGGGACCGAUUUGAAGGGUUGACAAGGAGAAUCGCUUCCCCGGUACCCUGUCCCUCUUCACCGGGUAGCCUAGAAGCAUAGUAUGCUAUCCCUGUCCCUCCGCUCGUUCCACGUUGAACAGAAUGGCCAGAGACGCAUAGAGAACUGUCUGGAUUUUGAAGGUGAAGGACUUUGUAUUUACAUAAAGUUCUGUAGGCUAUAAAUACUGCGUAUUUGAUCGCGAGGAUGGCUGCGAAUAUGGAAUUAAUCGAAAGGACAGUAAGGUCCGAUAUCAGAGUGAAAGUUUGCACAGCACUCCCUCUGAGAUGGAGACGCGAAUAACAUAAUAAUUUAUUCACUUUUUCUCAUAACGGAGCGGCCUUUUGGAUUUAUUGUCUGCAGCUAUUACGCGGCGCCGGACACCUGCACCCGACUUGGCCGAGACGGCUUCUACGCGGCUCUCCGCGCAAUAACAAAUUGCUCAGAAGCGCUUCUUGAACUGAAUCGAUCAUUUCUACUCGUAUCUGAAUUGUUGUCAAUGGUAGGCUACUUCCACACAGGCAGUUCAUUUGUUGCGCUUUGUUGUGCAGUUCUGUAAAUCACUGAAUGCGACGGAUAGGUGACAGUGGACAUCCGAUAAUAAAUUGAUACUGGAUGUGUCUUCAUGGGCAUUUGAAUAGUGUCAGCAUCAACUGAAAAGUAACAAAGCUCAACUAAGCUUUAUAAAUGUCUUCCUCAGUCAUCUCUUCAUAUCGCUUCUCCGUCCAGUAUUCACUGCCUGAAUUGUAAUAGCUAAAACAGGAGAGAACUGUGCCUCCACCUCGCCCCUGUCCAAAUUCAAAGCCAGUGUAAUAUUCUUUACAGCACUGACUCACAAUGGGCACAGUACUAUCCCUUUCCCCUGCAUUCAGGAAGAACAGCUACUAUGACACGCGGCCUGGCUCACUCAACCACUACCCGAGCCUGAGCAGCCGUUCGCUCAACACUCAGAAAGACCGCGCCAGUGGCCUGAAACGGGGACAGUCAAUCUUUCUCCCAGCCCUCACCUGGAAACGCCUUGUCGCCUCCACCAAGAAACGAGGGGGCUCUAAGAAAUGUCCUGGGGGUCCGGGGUCACUUGGAGACCCCCUCAACAACAACAACAACAUCUACCAGAAGGAUCCGGUGUUGCACCUCAACCGUGAGAAUGUCAAGAAGUCUCUGUCGUGUGCCAACCUCUCAAGCUACGACGGGCCAACGGGACUGGGUCUGGGGAUAGGCUUCGGCCAGGGGCACUACAGCUAUGGCAUGGGCAUGAAGCCCCAGCAGCUGUCCUCUGUCAAGAAGGUGCCCCACCACGGAACGGCUGCCUCAUCCCCCAAGCGCAUCAUUGUCCAGGCGUCCACCAGUGAACUUCUCCGGUGCCUGGGUGAGUUCCUGUGUGGCCGCUGCUACCGGCUGAAACACCUCUCCCCUGCGGACCCGGUGCUGUGGCUGCGGGCGGUGGACCGCUCUCUGCUCCUCCAGGGCUGGCAGGAUCAGGCCUUCGUGACUCCGGCCAACGUGGUGUUUGUCUACAUGCUGUGUCGUGAUGUGGUGGAUGGAGACCUGGUGGCGUCAGAGCACGAGCUUCAGGCCACACUACUCACCUGUCUCUACCUGUCCUAUUCCUACAUGGGCAAUGAGAUAUCCUACCCACUGAAACCUUUUCUGGUGGAGGCUGGCAAGGAGGCCUUCUGGGACCGCUGCCUAGCCAUCAUCGACGCCACCAGCGCCAAGAUGUUGCGUAUCAACGCCGACCCGCACUUCUUCACCCAGGUGUUUGCUGAGCUGAAGAGUGAAGGGGGCUGCAGCCCACAGGACUACAGCCGCGUGCUGGACCGGUGAGAGGAGGGGUAGUGGGGUACAACCUCCCCCCCCCCCCGUCUAAUGGUACAUCCCGAGACCCUGCCAUUAACCAUCAGUGAGCGAUCCACAUUAAGACAAUGGGGAAACUUGUCCCCCUAAGACUAGAUCAGAAAUUUGCAUGUGUCAUCAAUAGGGUUGAGUGCUUAUGUUGUUAGCACAAGCCCUUUUGUGUUAUGUAAUACUCACCUGAUUUUACUUGAAUGGUGGAACCAUUUGGUCCACCUGUCCUUCGUGACCCCAUUCUCACCUCUUGUGUCUCAGUGAGCUGGGGGAACAGAAACAGUCAUCUCAGCUGUUCCCCCCUCCAGUCUCUCCCAACUCUCCUCCCUUCCCUCUCCCCACUCUCCUCCCUUCCCUCUCCCCACUCGCCCCCUUUCUCCCCUCUCCCCUAUCUCCUCCCUCCCAUUUCCUCUAUCUCCUCUCUCCCCUCUCCUCUCUCCCGUCUCUUCCCUCACUUCUCCCCUCUCCUCUCUAUCUUCUCUCCCCUCUCCCCCUCUCUCCUUUCUCCUCUUUCCUUUGCCCUCUCUCCCCUUCCAUCUUCCCUAUGCUCUCUCCCCUCUCCUCUCUCUCCUCCUUCCCCUCUCUCCUCUCCCCUCUCCUCGCUUUCCUCCCUCUACUCUCUCCUCCCCUCUCCCACCUCUACCACAGCCAAUAAUCCCUGUCUGAAUGUGAUAGCAACAUCCGUUGCAUGGAACAGUUUUUUUGUCAGAAAAAAAGGCAUUCACUAUUACAACCACAUACAGAGCCGGGUCAGGCGUUCUAAACAGUGAUUGGUUGGGUCAUAAGCAACCCAAGGGAAUGGCAUUUCAAUAACAACAUUUUUACCUAGAAGAUCAUGGACAUCAUUACCUAUAAAUGACUUUGCGCUAAGUCAACAGACCUAACUGAAGACAUAACAGGACGUUACAAUAGGACAUACAGGCAUAUAUUAUGGUAGUGUACUAAAUUCCUUAUCUAAGUAACAAAACCCCAUGUUGCCUAGGUCCCAUGUUAUCUAGGUCCCAUGUUGCCAAGGUCCCAUAUUAUCUAGGUCCCAUGUCAUCUAGGUCCACUUGAUUCUGUCUGUCGUGUGCUUGGUCAUCAGUAAAACAAAACAAACAGUGUUUUGCAGGAUUCUUUUUUCAACAGAGGGGCAUCUGACCUGAGGGAAAAGCUAGAACAGCUACCAACCCAUUAAGACCAUUCACUCAGUUUACGUCCCAAAUGGCACCCUAUUUCUUAAAUAAUGCACUACUUUAGACCAGAGUCCUUUGGACCCUGGUCAAAAGUAUUGCACUAUAUAAGGACUAUGGUGCCAUUUAGGACAGAGCGUAAAAAAACAUCUGUAGGGUGCAGGGCCGUUUGUGUCUCUCUCCAGCUAUCAUUUAAUCUAAGGGUCUCCUGGUGGAAGCAAAAUACGACCUUAUUUUGCAUGUGUGUGUGUGCUUUUGUGUAUGUGGGUAUGUUAUUGGCAGAUAGCGAGGUUCAUCAGCUGUUUACCCCAUCAGUCCUUUGUUCCCUGGCUGUGCCUGUCAUCAGGGCACCCGGCCGCUGCUACUGUGGCAUUAAUGAGACUACACCCCCCACCUCCUCCUCCACCACUCCUCCAGUCUUACUCUGGCCCCAUACCCUCCAUCCACCUCUGUCCCCCUCUAGGCUACUCUACAGGACUAGAGGUUCAGUCACUGGCUAAUCCAGGCUUGCCUGGAAUUUAGUCACGCACGCAAGCACACACACACACACACACACACACACACACACACACACACACACACACACACACACACACACACACACACACACACACACACACACACACACACACACACACUUAAAUACCUAGUCUCCUGCGCCGGGAGUCCCCUGAAACAAUGUAUGAGAGGGAGAGAGGAGGGGUGUAGAUAUGAGUCUCACGUGCCCUGUAAAAGAGGUAGCUGAAGGUGGUCCUUAGUCCCAGUGCAAGGCUGGCCUGGAAUGGCAAGAUGUGUGCAGUUGUGGUUAAAUGCUGCUGUUAUUGUUGUUAGCCUCGCUGUCUCAUUCUAGGGAUUACAUCUGUGUCACAAAUGGCUCCUUAUUCUGUUUAUAGUGCACUACUUUUGACCAGGACCCAUAGGCCUUGUUGUUCUCCUCUUUAUAAAAUGUUUUUAAUGAAACCUUGGAAUUUCUGGUUCACACGUUUUGAUCUAAGUCACAUGUGCUCUAAUGUGUGUUUGUGUCUGUCAGGAAUAGACCACAGAUGUACCUCAGGGCCAGAGGGCGGGAUUUUUUCUGUGUGCAAGCUGUGCUCAUAAAAAUAUAUUUAUCAUGGUUGCCAAGGCAUUAAAAAAAUCUGAUUUGAAAUAUGAACAGAGAGCGCGAGAGGCUUUGGAUCCUCUCAUUCCCUUCUGGCCAUGGCAGACUGUUAGCCUGCUAAUGAGCAAAACUACAAUAGCUACAAUAUGAAAACGAGGUGUGUAGAAUGUAGAAACACACCUAAGGUGAGACAUGGGAAUUGUCCCAAAUGGCCCAUAGCGCUCAUAAGAUCCAUAGGCCCCUGGUCAAAAUUAGUGCACUAUGUAGGGAAUAGGGUGCUAUUUUGGGAUGCACCCAUACAAUAGGAUCACAAAGAUAGUUACUCCCGGUAUGAGAGGGUGAGGACGUUCUUCUAUCGCCUUCUAUGCAGACAGGUCUUGCUGCCAAACCAAUUGUAUUUCUGUUGAUGCUAAAGCAACAUAACAGCCUCUCAGUCUCUCUUCACUCUGAUUCUGGAUGAGAGUGCUAUAGGUUGCAAUGGGUUGCUAUGGGUUUGUUGAACCAAGGCAACUGGUCUACUGUCCUAGACCUAGAAGACAUGUUUCAGGGUCUGGAACCUUGGCGCUCAAUGCUCCUCUUUCGCCCAGACGGGUGGUGGGUGGCACAUUCAGGAACAGUAUAUGGCAGUACUGUGCUGUGCCACCCUAACCGUCCCCUCCCCCUCCCCCAUGCCAGGCAAAAUGCAUUUACACACUUAUGUUAUGUGGGCUGAGCAUACUGUACUGGAAUACCCCCCCACACACACCUAUCUAUGGAUUUACACUCCACUCUCUGACUGACAAACCCUCACGCUAGAUCCGCCCCUUGACACGUGCAUACAGUACAUACACACACACUCAAGCAGACACACACACCGUGGUAAUCCACGAUUAAUCCUCCCAUCCAAUCAAAUAGAGCAAGGGGGAAUAAGUAAAUGCCAAAAGGUUCAAAAUCUGAUGAGAUUUGGUCUUGCCACUUCCAUCCUUCCCUCUGCGUUGGCCCUCCGCUCAGCCUUCCAAUUCAUGACACACUCCUUAUAACAACUUGGAGGUCCCCCAAGACCAAUGGACAAACCUCAUGUUCACUCCUUCCGCUCAGACCGAGGCUUAUUGGUGUUGGAGGCAGUCCAGUCCAGUGGUUCCUGCCUGCCUGCCCAGAGGCCUUGUAUUUCUAUAUAAGAAGUGGGAGACUAGAGCUGGGCGAGGUUAGCAAGGAUGUCUCAUUGCUGGGGACCACCGUCUCUGUUUCAGGAACCUUGGUCGACGGCCAUCUUGGAAGACAGCCGGUCACUCCUAUUGUUGUGGACGUUGUUGUGCAUUCAGUACGACACUGGCCACUGUCCAGCACUCAAGGCCUCUAGUGUGUUGACAGCAAUGAACCCUAUCCCCCUCCUCUUACCCGCUCCUCCUUUCUCCUCCUCUCCCUUAUCCCCGUCUCGCUUUCCACACACUCGGCUGUUGUUCCCCUGCCUGUUGCCAUUUGAUUGGAUGUUCCACCACAUUGUGGAGAGAGGAGCAGAUAGAAUGGUGGUGUUUGUUGGCCAACAGUCAGUCACAGACACAGCCUUAGUAAUGGGGCUCUAUGGCCUCUAUCUAUACCGUGUGUUGUAUGCUAUCCUGUCUAUAGGGGUGAUAGCGAUUGCACGUGGGUCAUAUUAUUGGGAGGAUUUUGCUUACACCAGGAGUCUCCUAGUCAAGUCCUGUUCUCCUCUUAUGUUAUAUUAUUGCAUCUUUUAGGGAAAUCGUAAGAUGUUGCAUGUCUAUGUGUGUGACCUUUUAGGCAUCAUAACGUUAAAACGCGUACACGCUACAUGUAACUGGCAGUUUUGUUGGAAAUCAUCAUUCAAUUGAUGUCAGUGGGAGAUAGGCAUGAAGAUUUCAGUUAUGUGUAUGGAUCUCAAGUUAAGAUGUGGCCCAUACAGGUUACAGCUAUGGGACUACGCUGUAGUCCAUGUGAACAAGAGUAUUUCUUACUGUAAAGUACGUGUAGUCCAUGGAGAUAUAGAGAGAGACACAGGCCCUGCAGAUGGUAUAUUUAUUAUUAGCAUGUUAUUGUAAUGUGACAUCCAUCAACCUUGAGUCCACCCUCACCUUCAACUUAAGCAGAUUACCCCUUUAUCUCUUUACCUCCACCCACCCAAACAAAACCUUGAGCUGGAUCCCUGUUUAUCCAAUCGUAUGCCUAUACCUUACCUGUUUCUCUGUUUCCAACCAAUCAUAUGCUACUCAACAGGAACUGUGACUCUACCUGUCCAAUCAAACACCUCAGCAGAACCCUGGAACUCGGUUUGACUGUUGGAUGAAACUACUGAUUGGCCGACAGGAUAUUCUUUGCAACCCCAUUGGUCAAGAGAUUCUCCUUCACUACAAAUGGACUAAAUAUGGAGAGUCAACCAGGAAUAAAACAAAAGACUGUUGGAUCCUAUUCUAUGAAGUACAUGGGUAGGACUCAAGCAAAGACUAUUGCACAUCAACCAUCCAGGAUAUUUCAAAUGGAUCUCAGGCCCUAGUUUGGCAUAGUGGGAGACUGUGGUUUGGCGGGAAUAUCAGGCGUAGGCUGUUUAAGUCACCAUUGCUCUGUGAGUUCUGGUGAACUUGUUUUCUCAGUGUGUUUUUCUGCUGUGUUGGAGUAGAAUUUCAAUGGCACACCGAUAACAGUCUCAGUGCAGACUUAAAGGGAUAGUUACAAUUACAAAAUGACAUAUUGGUUUGAAAUAUCCCUUUAAAAGAAGUAGAGAAUUGUGCAGCUUAAAUAUGUUGCUGUGUGACAAAAUAAACUGACGACAGGAAAAACCAAACAAUAGGUCCUAUCUUGUUACUGUGGUGGUGAGCAUGCCAGAUAGACUAGCAUUUUUAGUUUUGUUUUACGUUUGCUUUUUUGUUUUGAUUAGCUUUUGCUUUAAUGCCGUAAAUGUGUUUUGAAUUAAAUGUUAUUUCCUUAACUUAAAAAAUGUAAUCAGUUCAUCCCUAGUCGUGGGAGAAGAUCUGAUGUCAAACAGUAUUAGUAUGUAAUUCAAGGGGUAAUUCAAGUCAUGAUGACUGUUAUGAUUAUAACUGCACAUUUGAAGUGUUAUUGUCAUUGUGGAUGUUAUGUUAUUGAAUGACAGAGAUAGAGAAUCUACAGUACCUGUAUUCUCAUUUUAUUUUGAUGAACCUUUGUCUUUAACAUCUCGAAGAAUGUGAAAUCACGUAAACAAUGAUAACAUAGUUUCUCCCAUUUCUCCACCGCUAUGUCUUAGUGUUCAAAGAUGUCAACACUGCGAUUUCAGACACAGCUUUUGACACAACACUGUUCAGACAUGGUAGAUCUGGUGGUAUAAUUGGCAUCAUUGGGAUGGGUGGUGGGUCAGGAGGCUGGGUACGUAGGGUCGCAUCCCAAACGGUACCCUAUAUAGGGCACUACUUUUAACCAGAGCCCUAUAGACUAUAUAGGGAAUAGAGUAAUAUUUGGGACACACCCCUAGCUUUCUGUUAGAAGGAAGUGUUUCAGUUUGUGCUUGUCUCACAUCCUCUGAGGAUGUUGUGAAAUGGGCGGAUGAUUGAUUUUCAUGAAAACAUCAACAAUUUUGUAAUGGCUGCUGUGUGUAUAGCAAAUGCAUAAUCAAUGGAAUCAAUGGCGAGGCCUCAUCAAUGCGACAACAGACGGUGAAUUGAUGCACAAUGGAAGACAUUGUAGUGAUCAGAUCACAGACAGGCGUCCCCACACAAGCACCUCCGGUCCUUACCCUCAUUGUAGCUAUGUCUUAACCCACAGCACUGCAUAUAACUGAGGCCUCUGCUUCUUUUCAAGGCUACAUAGCACUCCUAUUUAUAUGAAAGGAAAAUACUUAAACAAAAUCCUGAACAAAACAUCAAUAAAGAACUGUCUGAAUGAUCAGUGCUUUGAGUUAGACACUUACCUGUUGCCAACCCUCUCAUAAGACCUGUACCCUUCAGUCUCCUCUCACCGUUGCUGCCAACUCAACCCUUACCCCAGGUUUCCAUGGUUACCUGGCACUGACUGACAAUGUCAUUGUGAUAAAACUCAGUUGAAAUGGAGAGACCAGAGUUACUUUUAUAAAGCCACCUCAUAUGUGUGUACAGAUGUAGGAUCUUACUUUGAUCACCCUAGUGUGGGGACUUACCCGCCAUGCAGGACAUUUAAAACUUGUAGUGUAUUUGAGGUUUAAAAAGGAUUCUGAAGUUUGUAAUUUACACUUUGAAAUUUCAGACUUAAUUUCUUCCCUUUUGAAAAAUGUAACAACCUUACAAAAAUGUCCAUUAAUUAUAAUCCACAUAAUAAUCCACAUUUCCUGUUGCUGCAGGAUUAUUUUCCUGUUGUAGCAAACUGGCUCAAAUGAAGAUCCUACAUCUGUAUGCAACUCGAUGUGUCUAAUAUUGUUGUUGGGGAACACUUGAAGAUGAAAACAAUGUGACUUUGUUUUUCAUGUUAAAAUGCAAUUUUGUUUCCUUUUUUCAUUACGAUGUUGAUGAUUAUUACUAUUAUUAUUCAAUAAAGUAUUGAGGUGAAAUUCC